CUUCAGUGUGUGGGCCGGAUAUAUGAGCGAGUGACAGUGAUGGGCCAUUAACAUCCACAAGUCUUCCUCUCCUCAAACUUCAAUAUCACUGUUGCCGUGAGGCGGUGGGGGUGAUUCUUCAACCUUCUUCGUUUUCUGUUUAGGAAUGGUGAACUGCUCACAGACUUUACCGGCGAGCAAUGGCGGCGAGGAAACCGCAGCGCUGGAUAUGAGGCCGGGCGGUAUGAUCGUUCAGAAGAGAGACGACGUCGUCAGCGGGCCCACUUCCGCUACUGUCACCCUCAAACUCUCAUAUGGCUCCCAGCAACUCGACCUCUCAGUUCCAUCGGAUUCCACUUUCGGUAGAUUUCUCUCCGCCUAUCUGCUAGUCUAAUUCGUUUGGUACUCUAACUUGUUUAUGUUACAGUAUGUUUGGGAAGUUUAAUUUGAGUUGUGAGAAGUGCUUAGAGUCGGUUAGCAUCUGUUAGCUUGUUUGUUGAGUGGUAGCCGGUGCGGAUAAAUACUCCCCCCUCUCUGUAGAAAUUUUCAAGGUAUUGAAAUAAUAUCUUCUUCCUCAG